CUGAUGUUAGGUUAUUAAGGCGAGUUGGGUAGAAGGUAGUUGAAUUUACACUACACCUCAGCAGACAGUAGGAAAGAAAGCAACACACGACAUUACAGCUUUUCUGAUUUAAAUACGUUAAUGAAAGAGGUGGUGUCACGCCACUAUCUGUAGUUCGUAAAGCAUGUCUGCAUUGCCGACAAACCAGAAUCACAUGCGCAAGUAGGAUUAAUGUGGUCCUAUGUGUGACGUCGUACACGGACUGGGUGGGUCUACGAAGAAAUCUCAUACGGAUUGCUAUCAGGAAAACGACGUAUUUUGCUCCAACCCCAUUGAAAAGUUGUGUAAUAUCCUUUAAAAACUUUCUACACGACAGCAGCAAGUAUGUCGUACGGAAGAACAGACACCGGUCGCUCGCAGCCGCGAGACUUCAGCAACCUUACCCAGACAUGCAGUACCAACAUCCAAAAGAUCACCCAAAACUCUGGCCAGAUUAAAACGAUGCUGCACCAAAUGGGGACGCGACAAGAGACGCCCCAGGUGCAAGACCAGCUGCAACAGGUGCAGCACUACACAAAUCAGCUGGCCAAGGAGACCAACAGACACCUGAAAGACCUGGGCUCUUUGCCCCUGCCUCUCUCUCCCUCAGAACAGAGACAGCAGAAGAUCCAGAAGGAGCGUCUGAUGAGCGACUUCUCGGCCGCGCUCAACAACUUCCAGCUGAUGCAGCGCAGAGCUGCGGAGAAGGAGAAGGAGUCUGUGGCCCGGGCCCGAGCCGGAUCCCGCGUCCUGGGCGACGGUGGGAAUGCUGAGGAACAGCUUGUGACGUUUGAAAAAGAUGACGACUGGAGCCAGACCCAGACCCAGGAGGCGCCCAUCACUGAAGAGGACCUGGAGGUCAUCAAGGAGAGGGAGACCAACAUCAGGCAGCUGGAGUCCGACAUCAUGGACGUGAACCAGAUCUUCAAGGACCUUGCAGUGAUGAUCCACGAUCAGGGAGAGAUGAUAGACAGCAUCGAAGCCAACGUGGAGAGUGCAGAGGUCCACGUAGACAGAGGCGCUGCCCAGCUCCAACGAGCCUCCUACUACCAGAGGAAGUCUCGUAAGAGGAUGUGCAUCCUGGGCAUGGUGCUGUCUCUGGUGCUCACCAUCCUGGGCAUCAUCAUCUGGAAGGCCAUUGAGUAAAGGGAGGGGAACACGGGGGAAAGAUUUGAGAGGCGCACAGACAACCUGACAUUGCUUCCAGUGUGUGAGUGCAUGUGAGAGCGUAUGUGUGUGUGUGAGAGUGUAUGUGUGUGUGUGGGAGUGAGUGUGUGUGUGUGUGUGUGUGUACGUGUUGAAGAAGGAUGAACACAGCCUAUGAGGUCCCCUGUAAUUGAGAUUUGAUGAGGUCUGUGCUAUCCCCUUGAAAUGGCAUUGUGUGGUUUGUUUAACCUUGUCAACCAAAGCAAGUUAGAAAACAGAUUACAGCUCUCAAUAUUUAACCGGUUCUCGCUACUGCUGUAUUGUGUCAGCCAUCUUUCAGAUUUGCCGCCCCAGAGACGGCGUAAGCACAAGGGGAACACAUAGGUCCUGAACGUGUGUGUGAAAGGAGGGCUCAACAAACUGUAGAUAAACUCUUCCCAACAGUAAACUGGACAUUCGAACUUGCUGACAGUGCUACAAUUUACUUUCUUGUCGGAUAAGCACAACACCUCUGUUGUUAUUCCACUGCUGUCGAGGUACAUUUGAUCUUUUGCAAAAUUGCACAUACCUUUUAUGUAUAUACAUGCCAUGGGUAAUAUCGUUUUUCUGUUGACUCUGUCUCCAAGGUGAAGCCUAUUGUCCCACUCAGAUAUGUGGCUUCGUGACAUGAUUAUAAAGAUUACCACUGGAAAAAUACCAAGUAAGAGAGUCCAUUCUCUUUUCUUCUGUUUAUUAUUAUUGUAGUCUCAAUUUAAUCAAUAAAACCAUCUACGUAAAAAUCCCA